AGAUGAAAAUUAUGAAAAAUCAUGUUGAAGUGCGCUCAUUGCGAUAAAAAGUUCAAAUACGAGAGUGAGCGGAAGAGACACCAGGAAAGUCAUUUCCCCCAGUUUAGUUGUAAAGUGUGUGCAAAAAAAUUUAGCUUUUUGUCAGCAUUGCGAAGGCAUCAAAAACAACAUGAGAGGAAGGGGUCUGUGCGAUGCAAUGAUUGUGGGGGCUGCUUCCGCGACGAUAACUUACUUAAGAGACACAUGAAGUAUGCACAUAAAGGCAACUACAGCUGCCCAGAUUGUGCGGCGACUUUCAGCAGCGAGCAGGCGCUGCGCACACACUCCAAGACCCACAAACCCGAGUCGGAGCGAAGGUUCCGCUGCGCGUUCGCCGGGUGUAAGAAGAGGUUCAACUUCCCCCAUCACUUGAAACAUCACGAGCUGACCCACACCAAUGCUAAGCAGCACUUUUGUUAUGUCUGUGAGAAAGGUUUCAUUCAGUCUCAUCAUUUGAAAACUCAUCUUAAAUCUCACCACCCAGAAAAUUGGUUAUAUUGUUUAAUACCUGAUUGCAAAAGAAAAUUUACUACAAAACAUGAGUUGAAGAAGCAUAUGUCUACACAUAACAAAUAUGUUGAUGUCAAUUGUACAGAUACAAAAUUAGACAGUGGCAUCUCGUCAGAUUCUAGUCCAGCAAAUGAUAUUCACGGAAAAAAUGACACACGAGAGAAAGUUGAAUGUAUAACCUGCGGAAAAUUAAUAACACGCCUUCAUUACUUACAUCACACUUUGGAAUGUACUACGGCACCUCAAGAACUUACUACACGUAACUCAUUGGAGGAUGUAUUUAUCCACCAUAGUGACCCAAAACCCCAAAACUCCUCGGAUAGUACUUAUCAGGAAACUUCAGGUACUUAUGCGGAUAUUGCAAAGGAAGGAAUUAAUGAAAUAAGUAAUAAUGCUACUACGGGGCCUAAAGCUCAUUUUGCUGCCAAUUAUGACGACAAUGCAAGGACCGAGUGUGCUGGGUGUAGGUGCCUCGAUGGUCGAGCUCCGCCUUCCCAUGCUAUUGACAAAACUUCGACGAAAUCAGAUACUUCCAAACUUAACAAUAUGCCAGAAUUAGAAUAUCGAAAAGAUGGAAUUAUCAAAAUCAAAGAGACAUUUGACGCGGAUAUCAUAAUAGUAAACAAAGUACCGGCAGAAAAGGAAUCUAACGGGAAAAUAGAACCCAUUGAUUUGAGAGAUGUACCUUACAAUAGCUGCAAAGCGGUAUUAGGAAAUUGCAUAGUCAGUGCUGACGGGAGUGUCGGAGAGGGGUGUCUUUGUGCAAAAAUGCUUGUCGACGAGCAAGUGAGCUCUCAAGAAAUAGAAGAGUUGACCCCUAAUCCAUAUGCGUUAUGGGUUUGAGUAUAUUAUUUUAUGUCAGUUGUAUACCUUAUGAAAAGAUGACCUUGUACCUACCUAUAUAUUGUCUGUGAUACCUACCAAAUGUGGCCAUUAUCUUAAAUAUAUGUCUAUUUUGUUGUUAA